AUAUGAUUAAACAAGUCCAAGACAAUAUCACGCGCAUAGAUGAAUUACAUUCUCGAUCCUUGGGUACUGUUAAUGAAGAUGAAGCCACAAAACGUCACCUUGAAUCCCUUACGGAAAAUACACGAAACAUUUUAGUUCAAACAAAAGAUAAAAUCAGAAAAUUGGAAGCAAUAAAUUUAGGACUUCCUUCUCAUACCA